AGCACAUCCGAGAACCGUUUCAAACCAGACCAACUCGUCAGAUUGCAGCUUCCCCUCGAGUUCAUUGCCUCACCGCAAGUGGUAGCUGCCACAGUUUCUUGAACAUUGCAGCAGCACCAUCUAUUUGAUGAAGCUGCAUCGCGACAGCACUCUGAACAGGUUACCCUUUGUUCACACUGCGUGACGCAGUUUCUGGCAAGAUGGAUCUACUCCAGCGCCUCACCCAGGCUCUCGACCGGCCGCUCUUUCCUACACUGCGUGACGCAUCUUCUGGCAAGAUGGAUCUACUCCAGCGUCUUGCCCAUGCCCUCGACCGUCCGCUCUUUCCCUGGAAGAAGAUCAUUGUCGGUUUCUCCGUCGGACAAUACCUCUUCGAAGAAUUCCUCUCGUAUCGCCAAUACCAAGUUCUCAAGAAGACGAAGCCACCCAAGGUGCUUAGAGCCGAGGUAUCGCAAGAAGUGUACGACAAGAGUCAGGAAUACGGUCGGGCCAAGGCGAAGUUCGGCUUCGUUCGAGGUCUUUGGAGUCAAAUUCAAAACAUCGCGUUCAUCCGCUACGACGUACUGCCCAAGCUAUGGUCAUGGACCGGUUCCUUGCUGUUGAAAUUCGCUCCUGCGCGUUUCUCCGGCGAGAUAUCCCACUCCAUCGUCUUCGUCCUGUCCUUCAUCCUGAUCCAGCAAGCACUCUCGUUGCCUACGUCAAUUUACCAUACCUUCGUCUUGGAAGAGAAGUUUGGGUUCAACAAGCAGACGCCUAAGCUCUUCAUCACGGAUAUGCUCAAGUCAAACAUGUUGGCCUUCGUCCUCGCACCCCCCGUUCUGGCUGGAUUCCUCAGUAUCAUCAAGAAGACCGGCAACCAGUUCUUCUACUACCUCUGGGUGUUCGUCGCUGGUCUCCAGGUAUUCAUGAUUACCGUCUACCCUAUUGCCAUCUUGCCCCUGUUCAACAAGCUGUCUCCGCUGGAAGAGGGCAAGCUCAAAUCUGACGUCGAAAAUCUGGCCAAGAGACUCAAGUUCCCCUUGCACGAGCUUUUCGUCAUUGAUGGAAGCAAGCGCAGCGCCCACAGUAACGCCUACUUUUUCGGUCUUCCCUGGAAGAAGCACAUCGUCAUCUAUGACACCCUUAUCGAAAAAAGUAAGGAAGAGGAAGUCGUUGCUGUUCUCGCACAUGAACUCGGUCACUGGCAACUCGGCCACACCACUAAACUCUUCGGCAUUUCUCAGGUUCACGUAUUCUACAUAUUCAUGCUGUUCUCGGUCUUCAUCAACAAUGCCUCCCUCUACGCAGACUUUGGAUUUAUCAAGGAACACCCUAUCAUCAUCGGCUUCAUCCUCUUCUCGGACGCUCUUGCGCCGAUGGAUACUGUUAUCAAACUGUUGAUGAACAUCCUCAGUCGUCGCUUUGAGUUCCAAGCCGACGAGUUUGCUCGCAGCCUCGGAAAGAAGAGGGAACUUGCCUCCUCGCUUAUUAAGCUCCAGAUCCAGAAUCUGAGCACGAUGGAUGCGGACUGGAUGUACGCUAGUUACCAUUUUUCUCAUCCCAUUCUGUCCGAGAGACUCAAGGCUCUUGACUGGCACCCUAGAGGACGAGUUGUCGAGGAAAUCGAGGACGUCGACAAGAAGAUGGACAAGAAGACAGAGAAGAAGCCAGAAAAGAGGAUGGAGAAGAAGUCGGAGAAGAAGUCGGAGAAGAAGCCGGAGAAGAAGUCGGAGAAGUCGGAGAAGUCGGAGAAGUCGGAGAAGUCGGAGAAGAAGACGGACAAGAAAACGGAGAAGAAGAAGGACAAGUAGACGGACGGCGCUGAGAGGGCUUCUGGCAGAGAGCUUUGAUUUCUCCAGAUGUGAUCAGCCAUCAUGCGCAUGGAUAAAAGUUUACACCAAAAAGGUGUCGUACAUAAGGUAGAGUAGAGCUCUUGGGAUGAGAGCUGCCUGCAAUUGAAGCAGGAUUCGCGAAUAGGUAAGGUAUCUAGUACGGAGUGCUGCACGAUGCUCUAUGCAUAUGCUCCAAUAUGCUGGCAUCCCAGGGGAUACAAAUAGGAGAUGUUAAAAAUCCGGUAUAUAUGUAAAAUACUUAGCGUACUGCACGUGGUGUAUAGAUCUGAGAAAUGAAAUGAGU